AUGCACCAGUUAGCCAUUGAUGAACAAACUGUCUACCCCAUAGGCUCAAAAAUAUUAAAGCGCGAUUUUUAUGUCGAUGAUCUUAUUACAGGCGGUGAGUCCAUUCAAGAAGUCAAGGAAAUUAUGAGUCAAACUACAAAGCUGCUGGAAAAAGGAGGAUUCAAGUUGAGAAAGUGGUGCUCCAGUAAUCCUGAAUUGUUGCAGACGAUACCACCUGAUGAUCGAGAAACUCUACUUAAGUUCGACGAUGGAAGCGAUAUAGCUAAAACACUCGGUUUAACUUGGGAUCCUGCAUCAGAUUGCCUAUUGUUCGCGUUCUCACCAAUGCAGCCUUCAUCAAAACAUUGCAAGCGGUCCAUUUUGUCAACUAUUGCUCGUUUUUAUGACCCACUCGGUCUCAUCGGCCCUAUUAUUUCGAAGGCUAAAAUCUUUCUUCAACAAAUCUGGAAAGAAAGGCUUGACUGGGAUGAAAGUUUGCCUUCAUCACUACAUUCAUCGUGGCUUAGUUUGUGUGCAGAUUUUGGCUGCAUACCGCAAAUAAAGUUUCCCCGUUUGUCAAUACAGCAGAAUGGCGCCUAUGAAAUUCAUGGUUUUAGUGACGCCAGCAUCGAAGCAUACGGAGCUUGUCUUUACGUCGUGUCAGUCAGUCAAGGAAGAAACCAGGCGCAACUGCUAUGUUCAAAAUCUCGUGUAGCGCCCUUAAAAACUCUUACGGUUCCAAGGCUGGAGUUGUGCGGUGCCUCCCUGUUGGCGCAACUCAUGCAUGAAAUAGCUCAAAUGAAACUUUUCUCGUGUCGAUAUUAUUGUUGGUCUGAUUCGGCGGUGGUGUUAUCCUGGAUCCGCGACGAACCUUCAAGAUUUCAAAUCUUUACAGCUAAUCGCAUAGCCACUAUACAGGAGUUGACUGCGGGUAUGGAAUGGCGCUACGUGCCUACGAAGUUUAACCCAGCUGAUAUUUUAUCCAGAGGUGCAACCUCUAACGACCUCAUUAACUCAUCUCUAUGGCUGCAUGGACCGGAUUUUUUAGCUCAAGAUAAAAACAAUUGGCCAAACCCUUGCAGUCAACAUGUUUUUGGUUACAUUUAUAAGUUCCAAAAUCGCUUGCGGCUUUCUGGACUGACUGUUGAUUGCAUACGCCGAGGCACAAAACUACUCCUGCGCACUAUCCAAAGGCUUCACUUCAAAGAGGAUCUCAAAUGCCUUCAAGCCGGUCAAGGAGUGAAGGCAUCUAGUUGCAUUGCGUCGCUCUCACCAUUCAUCGAUAGUUGUGGAUUGCUUCGUGUGGGUGGACGACUGAAAAAUUCAGCGCUCGACUUCGAGGCGCAGCAUCCAGUCAUACUGCCGAGGCGUCAUCCUGUCACUCAGGCAAUCAUUAUGCAUUUUCAUAGGCGCAAUUUGCACGCGGGUCCUCGUUCCCUACUAGCAUACAUUCGGCUGCAGUAUUGGCCUAUUGGCGGACGAAAAACUGUUUCGAACGUUGUAAGCAAAUGCACUCUAUGCUUCCGAGCUAAACCGCACUUAGCGGAACAUAUUAUGGCUGAUCUUCCGGAAGAUAGGGUAAACUCAUCUUAUGCAUUUAUGGUCACAGGCGUCGAUUAUUGUGGACCAUUCCAUUAUAAAAACGAAAUACGCAACAAGCAACCCAUAAAAUGUUACAUUUGCAUAUUCAUAUGCUUUGCCACGAAAGCUGUGCACCUGGAGCUCGUAGCAGACUUAUCAACGAAGGCAUUCUUAAAUGCACUAAAGCGGUUCAUCCUAACGCGUUGUCGCCCCACUCGUAUAUGGUCGGACAACGCAACCAACUUUGUCGGCGCUAAGAAUGAGAUGGCAGAAUUAAAACGUUUAUUCCUGAGCGAUAAUCAUGUGCAAGCAGUUCAUGAAUUUUGUCUAGCUAAUACCAUAGAAUGGCAUUUCAUUCCACCUCGCUCUCCACACUUUGGUGGGCUUUGGGAAGCGGCCGUUAAAACUGCGAAAUAUCAUUUUCAUCGCUCGGUGGGCUCGUCAUUAUUAAACUUCGAUGAACUGCGCACACUUAUUUGCCACAUAGCGGCAAUUAUUAACUCAAGACCUUUGUUUCCACUUUCAGACAAUCCGGCUGAUUUAGACGUUCUAACUCCAGCUCACUUCAUUGGCACUGCUCCUAUCUCUACUUACGUUGAACCAGAUGUCACGAAUAUUAACUUUAAUCGUUUGGAUCAAUGGCAGCGCGUAUCAUACUACCAGCAGAUAUUUUGGGCACGUUGGCAUGAGGAGUACUUAACUACCUUGCAGCAGCGCUCAAAGUGGCGCACACAGAAUUUCGAACUCUGCGUCAACGACAUAGUUUUAGUAAAGGACGAAAAUCUGCCUCCUCUCAAGUGGCCCCUAGCAAGAGUCACCGAACUAAUAUAUGGAUCAGAUCGUGUGGCACGUGUCGCUGUACUAAAGACUGCAAAUGGAGUCAUCCGAAGAGCCAUCCGAAAGCUAUGCCCAUUGCCAAGACAGGAUGAGGUUGAAAGCCAGAGUCUUCCAACGGGGGGAGGAUGUUUGGUUAUGCAGAAAGCAGCGCAGUCAGCGCAACCAACAUAA